AGAACGAGUGAAAUGAUGAAGACCUUACUGACUGUGUUAACCGUCUCCCUGUUCUACCUGUGUGUGGCUGAGGUAAGUCAGCUGGACGGCCAAGCAGGAGAAGCCAAUCCAACUGAGAGUCCUGUCAUCAAUGCAGCUUGUUCAGCAGGGAAUGAGAGAAACUACAUCCAACUUGCUUUAAUGUUAAAAGAACUGGAGGCCAAGCUGAAGGACACUGAGAAGCAGUUUGAGAAAAAGUUGGCGAAUCUGAGGUCAGAGAUCCAAGGCAGUCGAGUGGCAUUUGGUGCAUCCAUCAGUGAUGUUGGAAAUAUUGGACCAUUCAAUACAGAGAUCACACUGGUCUACAGGAAUGUCUACUUUAACUCAGGCUCUUUCAACCCUGCAACAGGUAUUUUCACUGCUCCGGUCAGAGGAGUUUAUUACUUCAGCUUCUCUGGUCAUAAUUUUUCAUCUAGACCGAUGGGGCUGCGUCUGAUGAAGAAUGGAGAGCAGAUGGUGACAGUGUACAACCAUGCUGCUGGAAAUCGCUAUGAGACAGCCACCAAUGGCAUGACUCUGCAGCUGGCUGCAGGAGACCAGGUGUACAUGAGGCUCCGUGCAAACACCUGGAUUUAUGAUAAUAACAACAACCACAGCACCUUCAUUGGCCAUUUGUUAUUCCAUCUGUGACUAAGAUGAAGUUCAGACAAGCAUAGUUGAAAAGUCAUAUAUGAGUGAGGAGAAAAACCUUAAAACAUUUUGUUUUUUAUUAGUGAAUGUGUGGAGAGAAGUCUAUUUCAAUACAGCUAAAAAUAACACAUUUUUAAAAAUGAAUAGUUUUGUAUCUUCAG